GUCGGAGCAAACUUCAGCCCAAUUUUCUCUAGUCCGUUAUCAAAGUGGAGCUGCACUUGAAUGUGAGCCCAGUUAAGAACGAAUAGUUUGUCUUAUCAUGCCAACCAUGCCAUCGAAUCGGCUUAGCUCUCACUACUUGCCGACCUUCAUUCAAUUAGCGCUUGACUGUAGGAGCGUCUUAAAAACUGGGAAUGCAAGUAUCGCUUGACCCUAACUUGAAGAGCCCCAAUUCUUUCUUCUCAUGGCCGCAUUAUUCAUUACAGUCGCCUCGUUCCUCAUAGCCUCGCUUCUUCGUUGGUGGCUUAAACGACCUUCAGUCAAGCACGUCAAGGGACCACCAUCGCCCUCUUUCUGGCUAGGCCAUGAACGCAUGCUCCGCGAUCAGGGUAACGCAGGCGAUCUCGAAACGAAAUGGCGCCGGGAAUAUGGGAACCUCUAUCGCAUUGAGGGCUGUUUUGGUCAAGACAUUCUGGUUGUGUGUGAUCCCAAGGCACUCGAGCAUAUUUUCCACCCUUCGAAUCCCUAUCCCAAAUCGCAAGACAAUAAGUUCAUCCAGGGUCUUGUCACUGGAAAGGGGCUUCUCAGCGUUGACGAUGAAAUCCACCGCCGCCAACGCAAGAUUCUAAAUCCCGCCUUCUCCCCUGCACUCCUUCGGAGUUCCCAAGUCAUCUUUCAACAGUGCAGUGACAAGCUUGUCGACGGUAUUAAAGGAUCUCUGACACGUACGGAGGAAACCCUCAAUAUUCAUGAUUGGACAAGUAAGGCCACCCUGGAUAUAAUCGGACUAGCCACCUUCCGGUACAAUUUUGGUUCGCUCGAUGGUCAUAACAAUGAGCUAGGACAAGCGAUAAAACAUCUCUUUACGGCCUCACAGUCCAAUUCAACGGCACUAGAACAUCUUCUCGUAGCCUUGAUACGAAUGGUUCCGGAUUCGGUGCUAGGAUUCCUACGGCUGAUCUCGACCCGAGAGAUUCGCCAAUUCAUCAGUGUCGGAAACGUAGCAAAGAAAACCGCUCAAGAAGUCAUGGCUAGCCUUGAUGAGGUCCCGGCUAUCUGUGGAUUCCUUGGACUAUAACCUAAUAUCAUGCCUGUACAUCUAUGUACAUUAGUGUACACCCAUGUAAAUUGAUG